ACUUCACACCCUUUCAUUCUCCUGGAAGCACUCCGAAGUCUCCGGUGUAGUAGCUACUCACAAGCUCGUGCGAGGUCAUCCUCCUCCUCAUUGGACGAGUAACGUCUUCCAUCAUGACAUCACGUGGGUGGUCUCCGGCAAAGAGCCACGAUAAGCGAAGGGUCUCUUUGAGGGACCUCGCCACUGGCCAUCAUGGUAUCACUCAGUCGCCCAAUCGCAGUGGUACGAAGUCGAGAUCACGACGCAGUAUCACCCAUCCAUUCCAAGUUCCACCGGAGCCUAUCCUCGUUCAUGAUUACUUCCGCAGAACAGAAAGGUCACUCCGCGACCUCACCGUCGAGGCACUGAAGCCCAAGGCCCUCGACGCAUGCUGGAACUAUGCACUCGCAGAACAGUACUUGCAUAAUUCCCUCAAUCUCGUCAUCUAUGAGAUUGCCAUUCCGUCGCUUGGCUACGUCCGACACGAGACUUGGCACACUCGAGAGAGUGUCGUUGAGCACGUGAGUUCAGCCCGAGCCAUUCUAAGGGGGCACCCAGUGGAGAUCUGGAUCCUUCAUGUGAAGAAUCUCAAAACCAGGCCGUAUUCGCUUCGUCCAGUCGAGAACGAAGCCAGUCGGAGAUAUGGUCGAUGUCUAUCUGCACAUGAGCUUCUGCUCGACAAUGGCUGGGUUCGUGUAAAAUAUCACAGUCAGACUGAGGAACCCAUCCUCGAGCAAAAGGCGCUCACGCUAAACAGUCAGAAUGCGGAUCAAGGGCAAGACACCGAGCUCGACGCUGUCACAGAGAGCGAUGACGAGGCGGGUCAAGAGGGUGACCAUGGCUAUGACACCGAAGAGGACUCUCAAACAGAAGACGGGCAUAGGCUGGGAGUAGAGGGAGCCGGUCAAGAUAGAGGUGCCCUAGAACAAUGCCCUCACGCAUUCUACGACGGAUCAGAGGAAGACCACACACGUAUCGGGCAGUCACUCCAGCGAGAAGGACAAGAGGAUCCCAUUGUAUCCCUUGUGGAGACAGAGAGUUUCCACGAGGCUGCUGGGAAUGAGAUCGACUGGAAGCAUGGUGAGACAGCCCUUGGAUCACUGACUGACUACCUCUCAGCAAUCUCGCCUGUUGUCCAGAGAGCUCACUUGGCUCCCGGACAGCCUUCCAACGUGCGCACCGAACUAGCUCGAAUCCAAAACGAAGCGAUUGGUUUCGCCCACUCUAGCGCUGAUGAGCUCAAGGAGCUUUUCGAUGGCUUGGUCAUUGGCGCACCGGGACUUGGUGUCAUCAAGGAUGGGGACACACCACCGACUAUUGAGCCCGCUGCAGAUGCCAUCGAAGACAGCACCUUUCCAAGAGGGAGAGAGUCCCAAGCCUUCCAGCACUCCUUCACCUGUGGCUCGCAAUGCGAUUCAGGAGCCGAGAGCCUCGAAGCUGACGCCACGGACAAAAUGGAGAUGAUCCCCCUGUCUCGGAUCGAGACACCCAUGUACAUCAACGAAUUGCUCCAAGAAAAAGAUCAUAGCCCAGCCUCGACUCGACUUCUUCAUAUCAUGUGGGAUGAAAAAGUCAAACUUGACGAAUCCCUCGGACUCAAGUUACUUGAUUUUGUCAUGGAUCUAAAGGUUGGCGGCAAGCUCGCUCCAGUCAGCAGUGUGACCCUACCCAUCAUUGCGGACACAACUGAAAUCACCAAGAUCCAGAUGGAGGCGUACAACAAGACAUCUGACCGACUGAACGAAUUCGCAGGCAUGUUGAACGCGAUUGCAGAGGCUGUCGGAGUGAAUUUGCAGGAAGCCAAAGAAAACGAUCAGGAAGGUGAAGCUGCCGGCGCAGCGGCCGAGGUCGAGGUCAUGACCCCACCCAGUGAUGCGUCCGAGGGGGCUGAGCAGCCGUUUAUCCGAUCAACGCACACCCCACCAUCCCGUACCAUUUUCAUGACAGGGUCUACCCAGCCAAAGGGGAUCGCAGCCCAGCCGAGGACACAAGACAUCACAGGUACGAGUGUCAAUUUAGCAGUGGGAAACUCCGACCAUGAGAAAGACGGGAGGUCAUUCGAAGAGCCGCUCGGAUCGGUCGAAGAUGAAACGACGGUUGACGUCUUUUUUGGCUGUACGUGUGAGGAUGGCUCUCUACAGCAUCGACAGAAAUCAAAAGUCACGAGGCCUGCAUCAGGGUUACAAGGAGACUCUAUCCCUCAACAUGGUGCCAAUCACUCUCUCGACGCUCCACGGGAGGCUCAGCCAAAUGAGUGGGGCUCUGGGCGAGAUUGUGAAGACCGAAGCAAGGAUGAGGGAAAUGCCGGUCAGCAACCACUUGCUAGGUCCAGCGAUUUUGAAGUUGUCAACAGCGAGGCUCCUGCUAUGAGACCCAUGACGAACACCUUACCCGGAUCGAACGCAGAUCCAGAAAGCACAGCUCUGCAUCGUGCUUUGGGAUUUACUUCCGAGUUUAUCAUUGGUGGUGCCCCUGCCAGUCAAGCUCCUUCUUUCGACGCGGCAAGAGGCGUGAUUGGAGAUCAAAAUGAUGCCGGAGCCUUUCGAUGGGUGUAUCCUGCGCUCUCACGCCAAAUGCUAACCAACAUGGGUCGCGUUCGAGGAGAUAGGGAGGCUGGUGUAAAUGAUACCCUUCCAAGUCAAUCUGUGUCGCCGUCCCUUCGAGGGUCUUCUCAACGAGUCUUGCCUCACACGACUUCUUCAUCUCAAUCGCAGAGUCAUCACCCUCAGCCUGGACACACAUACCCACAGGUCCAUGACCAAUGCCUCAACUCCUCUACCGGCGUCUCGAUGCCGAUGCAACCUUCAUUCACCGAUCACCAUCGAUCUGCCGUGGCGCCAUACAUGGCACCGCCACUUUGGAAUCCGAUCUUCCAUCCAUCGUUUGGUUAUGUACAGGGUUCGGUCCAGGUCCCCGGACCUCGGACAAUGCCUUCGGGACGGUCAAUGACUAGCGAGGGUAUCCCGUCGCAAAUAUCGGGCGUGGACAGCUCAAUCCCGUUCUGCUAUGAGAACUGGGUUAUGGGAGAUAAUGAAACGAGAGCCAGAGCCGCCGCUGGGCUGGGUCUCCCGGGCAACGCCGGCUUUGAAAUGUACGGUCCUCGAGGUCCACUCAACGCUUUCCCGACUCCGUAUCAUGAAGGCUUGUGGUCCAAUGGUUCAAGAUGGUAAUUGACGCACCACCUCAGCUGACUCGUCGAUGGGCUUCGAUUCCUUGUGACGGGCACAAGAUGGCAGUCGCACUUUGGAAGUGGACCGGUGGACUGGCUACAUGGCAUGAUAUCACUGAACAGACUGAACAGACUGAAAUUGAUGAAGGGCAGACAAGAGACGAUGUGGUCAGCAGUUUCUCCGGUUCCGACAGUUUUAUGUAAAACCCCCUUAGCCACCGCUUCUGUGUAGAGCUAGCCAUAUCAUUUGGGGACGACACGUAAAGCAUGUUCAGGCAUCACCUGGACUGUACGAUCCCUGUCACUCAACA